AUGGAUUGUUUUCACUCUUCGUGUCCAAAUCUGAGCGCAGGAGCGGCGAAUCAGUAUUUGUCGCUGCUCUUCAACUAUCUCAGCAUCGCUCAAUGUUCGCUCGCGACUCCGGAAAUUUGGCCCAGAGAUUUCGGAGACUUCGCCAUCAGAAAAGGGUUCGAGGAGUACGAUUUCAUCGUCGUGGGCGCAGGAUCUGCAGGAUCGGUUGUCGCCAAUCGCCUGAGUGAGAAUCCGGACUGGAACGUUCUGCUCUUGGAAGCUGGCGGCGAUCCUCCGAUUGAAGCAGCGAUUCCCGGUCUCUCUGCAUCCAUGUAUCCCACACAAUAUGACUGGCAUUAUUAUGCUGAAGUGUCAGAGAAAUACAGCUUGUACAUUGAAGACGGCGGUGCGUGGCCGAGAGGAAAGAUGUUAGGGGGAACAAGUUCUGUUAACGGCAUGAUUUACUUGAGAGGAAAUGAGGAAGACUUCAACACUUGGGAAGCGCUCGGGAAUCCGACUUGGGGAUGGAAAAACGUCUUGAAUUACUUUAAAAAAUCAGAAAACAACCAAGAUUUCGAUGGAUUCUAUCACUCACAAGACGGGCCUUUAUCUGUGCAGCUUUUCACAAACAAUGACACAAUUAAUUUGCUUCUUACCGAGUCAGCAGAAGAAAUGGGCUUCAAAUUUCUUCCGGACAUUAAUGCUGAUGAACACAUUGGUUUUGUCCACUUUCAACGCACAAUCAAGUCAGGAGUGCGCGAAAGUACAGCAACGGCGUUUCUUAAUCCAAUCAAAGACAGACCGAAUCUUCACGUUGUGAAACACGCGCACGUUUACAAUCUGGAAAUCGACGAAAACGGCGCAGUUUCCGGAGUUACAAUGAACUUGAGAGGACAGAAGAUCCUGAAAGCCUUCGCGAAGAAGGAAGUGAUUCUAAGUGCUGGCGUCAUUGCAUCACCGCAAAUUCUCAUGUUGUCCGGAAUCGGACCUGCGCUUCAUCUGCAAAACUUGGGAAUUCCAGUGAUUCUCGAUCUUCCAGUCGGCAAAAACUUGCAAGAUCACACAACAGUUCCUCUCUUCGUGAAGUUACGUCCUUCCAAAGAAAAGCCCGACACGCAAGCUGAGACAUUGCAAAGUUUCGCGGAAUUCUUGUUCAAUCACAAGGGAGAUUUUUCUGUCAACAUGAUAGAAACAAUGGGAUUAGUCAAUUUCCACAACCAACUGGAGAAAUAUCCCAAUUUUCAAAUACUCUUUGCAGCAUUCAAGAGAGGAUUUCAUCCAGUCGGCACUGUGAAAAUGGGUCCUGAUUCGGAUCCUGGCGCAGUUGUCGAUCACAGAUUGCGAGUCAAAGGCGCCAAAGGCUUGAGAGUCAUCGACGCGAGCAUUAUGCCUUUGGUCACGAGCGGAAACACAAACGCGCCCACAAUUAUGAUCGCGGAGAAAGCUUCAGACUUCGUGAAGGAAGAUUGGGGAUUUAAGGAUUGA